AUGCCACAAUCCGCAACAUCUGUCAACCUUCCGGCUCCCAUUGACAAUACUGCUGCACUAAGGCAGGCGUUGGCAGACUACUCUGCCCAUUUCCCAGAAGGAUAUCCGCUAAAGCGGCUCAUCACCUCAGUUGCUUGGGAUGUCAUCACCAGAUCUUGGAAGGUGCAGGGGGUGUUCGGCCUGAAAUCGAUUAUUGAUGUAUCCCUACUGAACGCCAAGUAUAAGAGUGUCAUGGAAGAGAUGGAACUGAGUUCUGUCACAAACUUACGAGACGCAGGGGCGGUUCACAAAGUCGCCAGAGACGCCAGAAAGAAGGCUCUUGAAGGAUGGGAUGGAUAUGAUAUAGAGGUUCUUCCCCUUGACCCAUUUGGCAUGGCAAGUUUACCACGGCAACCCCAAGCAUCUUCCAGAAAGAAGAAGUCAUCUGCGGGUGUGCCCCCAUCUGCCUCAGCAGAACUAGAAAAUUCGUUGUCAGCGCUUGUGCCCUCAAUCUGUUGGAAUGGGAACACUUGGGUUGUUGAGGCCAACUUUGAAGAGAAGCCUUAUUUCCUGAGUAGAGACAUGUUUAAUGCCAUAAUGCUAUAUAUGAGCACGGUGUGGGGAGUGCAGGAGACAAGAUCCUUUGGUUCUCCUCUUGAUCCAAAAUCACUUCUAAAAGCUGCUGGAGCAGCAAGGUCCAAACUUCUGAAUGAUGAAACAUUCAAAAGAUUCACGAUUGAAGUUCCUAGAACGGUGUCUGUCUCUCGGAUUGAAGUUCCUUUAACCAGUGUUGGGACUUUACGCCGUAAAUACAAUUGGCCGUAG